GGAGCUUCCGAGAUACAUUUGCCCAUCCAGCUCAGUUAAAACAUCGUAACCGAAUCCUCCACAUUUAUCUACAAUGAACGCUAUCUUUCUCGUUUCCACCACUGUCGCCCGAGUCAUAAUGACUGGCAUUCUUUCGGCAGCCCUCUUCAACAAAACUGUGGUUCGUCACACCCGCCAUGCCCUAAAGGAAGCAGAACAGGCUUCACCGAAACUCGCCGUCGUUACUUUAUGCAUUUCUACCCUAGCGCUUCUCCAUGCAUCCGAUAGAAUUGCUUGUGAAGUCAUGGGGCUUACAGAGACCUGUCCACCGACUACUAGUGAUGGGCGUUCCUUGGAAACCGCUCGUGAUGAUCCUCACUCUCCUGCUUUCUCGCAGGACGAUACCGAUGACUUCAAGACUCCUUUUUCAUCGCCAUCCAUUUCAUCUCCUGGGAACAGCUCAGACAGUAUCGCGACACUCACCUCCUCCUCCACCAUAUCUAAGCUUGGCAACGUUUUCAGAGAUAUGACGCCCAGUCCUCCAGCGGCCAGUGCUAGUGAUAGCGACGAAGACGUAGCGCUGCGCAAGGUAUAGUUAUUCCUCUUUUGAGCUAGAGGUUCUCGUAACAUCAUUUUCUUCUCAGUGGACAACGGAGACAGUGCCAGAGUUCAACACCCCAACGGCUCGUGCCCCUGAAAAUAUUCUCAAUUCAAUCAUCAAGCGAAUGAGACACCUCUCACUCUCAGACAUCCGUUCUUUCCCCUCAACCCCGA